AACAAACAUUUUACGUCCUGAAGACGCCGUUCCAAACAUUAAUGCCAUCAAAAAUGUCGCACCUCAACUGGUGCCGUUUAUGUAUAAAUAGUUGUACCGAUUUCGUAGAACUCUACGAUGAAAAUGAUCAAUUUAAAAUGGAAGUUUAUCAAACUACUAUUAAGUAUUUCCACACCAUGUUCUUAGAACCCAUACAUGAAAGUCCCCUGAAGGUGAUGUGCUCGGAAUGUUGGCGACAGAUUAGUGAAUUUGAUAAUUUUCAAAAAUCCAUAUUAUUGGCCCAAUCCACACUACUAAAAGGUGAACCGGAAAAAGAAGCCGACGAUGAGGAUGUUUUGCCAUUGCCUGUAAAACAAGAUUUCGAAGAGGAGGAAAAAGAAGAAACUGGACCAGCAGCUGCAAAUUCAAUUAAAAAUGAAGAUGAUGACGGUGACACAGCGAUAAACCCCUUUGAGGCCCAAAAUGGUGAAUUCAAUAUGGGCGUACAAAAAUCUGGUCUAAAUCCAGAGCUUAGUAUUACACCCAUUGACCUUACAGAAGAUGAAAUAAAUCAAGAAGAUGAUAGUUCACAUUCUGAUAUGGAUUAUGGUGGCGAUGAAGAUAUAUCAAUGGCAGCUGCCGAAAUGUUAUCGGUACAAUUGAAUACAAGUGGUGAUAAUAAUUUUAUGGGUGAAAAUACCAUGUUGGAACAUAUGCAUCAGUUCUUUAGUCGCCAAGCGCCACCUGUCCAACAGGAGAAUUCAAGAAAUCGUACACCCAGCGAAAUAUUGGAUCAAUAUAUAACCAAAUGGCGUUCAACGCUAAAUUGUCCUCUCUGCAAUGCUGUGGUGGCAAAUGUGGCCCAUUUGGGAGAACAUUUUAAGGAAGUGCAUCCCCAGGAGAAAUCACACAUAGAAUGUUGUCAACGAAAAUUGUUUACACGUUCAUCGAUAGCCGAACAUGCACGAGUCCACCUGGAUCCCAACACAUUUAAAUGUGAAAUAUGUGGUCGGGUUUGUAAUACAUCCAAAGCCUUGUUAAAACAUAAAAUUUCCAAACACUCUGAGGGUAAUGAAAGUGGUGCUGAUGGUGGUGGAAAUGGCGGCGGUGUUGGUGUCAUGGACAGUCGUACCCCAGAUUCAUUGAACAAAUCAAAAAUAUCCAAAAAAUCUGCCAAAGAAUUAGAUGAAAUUAUUGCCCGCUGGAAACCAAAUUUAGAGUGUGUGGUCUGCUAUGGCCAAUAUCCCACCUACACGCUGCUACAACAGCAUUUUCACUUGGAACAUCCGCAGGCACCAUUCUACGUUGAAUGUUGUCAACUAAAGUUGGAACAACGUUGGCAUUUAGCCGAUCAUAUGCAACUGCAUUUGGAUCCGAAUGCCUUUAAAUGUCAACUAUGCAAUCGUGCCUACAGCUCCAGCCGACAUCUAUAUCGUCACAUGUACUAUACACAUUCGAUGCGAGCCGGUGGCAAUAAUGUCAAAUCGCCUACUUGCCACAAAUGUCCGCUGUGUGAUAAGACCUUUAAGGCACGUCGUUGUAUGCAGGAACACAUGGCCACACAUACCGGUCAGGAAUUGUAUCGUUGCCUCUACUGCAGUGAAACAUUUCGUUACAGUUCAUCGUUGUACACACACUUGAAGAGCAUACAUCCGCUUGAAUGGAAAGAUCGCAAAGACACAAGAAUGUUAUAUAAAUUAAUGAAAAUUGAAGAUUCAUAA